CUCCCUCGGUCACAUGCUGAUGACAUCACUGAGGCGCUUUGAUGCGGCUGCUUGAGCGUCCCAGGCGGAAGGGUAGAGGAGGAACAUGGUCUCCUAUUUUCCCCGUCGCUGCUUUAUGCCCAGUUCCAUCUUAGGCUUCCGCUACCUGUCCUCGUCCAGUCUUCCUGUUGCCGUCCAGGAACUUCUAGAUUUAGGCUUUAAUGAGGAGCAAUCAGGAAGAAUCCUCGCUCUGAAACCCAGGAGAGGUGACCCAUGGCACACAGUGUCCUGUACCAAGGAAUUGCUGCUCAUUGGACUAAAGCCGCAGGCCGCACUCAAGAUGUUGGAGGACAGUAAAGAGCUGCGAAAAGCAACUGUAAGAGAACUCCGAGAUAGAACUGAGAAUCUUCGUAGCCUGGGGCUGGGGGAAGGGUUCCUGCAGCGAUCACUCUCCAGAUGCCCGGCUCUUCUCUCGCUUCCUCGUUCCCAUGUCCUGGCAGCUGCCAAAUGCCUCAGACAGCGAUGUCAAUUCUCAGCUCUGCAGCUGACUGAUAUCCUUCGAUUCUCCCCAGAAGCCCUGACAUAUGACCCCAGCUACCUCGAAGAGGCUUUUCAGUAUGUAUAUUUCCGGAUGGGUGCAAGCCACAAAGACAUUAUAACAUCUGGCCUAUUCCAGACAUCACUGGAUGAAAUCAGGGUUCGGCAUCAGUUUCUGGAGCGCUUGGGAAGAUUCCUACCCCCUGAUAAAAAGGGGGUCUCCCCACCCUCUAACCCCAAGCUUAAGGAGGUCACGGCACUUUCAGACAGUGACUUUUUGGCACAUGUUGCUCGGGUUUCUCCUGAGGAACUGCACACUUUCCGCAAAAUAUUUGCACGAGAGGAGCUGGAGGCUGGAGAACGUAAGGACAGUGAGGCAGGAAGGGACCACUUAGACAGUGGCACAGAGGGAGAGGAUACAGACAGUGAACACUCUGGGGAUAAAAGUGGAGAAACAGAAGAUGAAACACACAAGAGACUGAGUAAUUAUAAAAGGAAGCAGAAGAAGAGAUCAGCUAAUAGACCUGUGAGACCAUAAAGGACCUCCAUAUUGCUGUCCAUUUAAAGAAUGGGCUGCCUUGUUGCAACUUAUUAAAUGUUUAGUUUCUUUUUUCCUUGAUUCAUAUUUGCUAUAUUUGUUCUUAUGUAAUACAAAGUGCACCUCC